AUGCCUGCAUUUUCCCGUUUAGCCGUUGCUGUUCAGCUUCUUGCUGUAAUUGUAGCACCUGUUCUUGGUGCUGCCGCCAAGCCCCAGUAUGACUACGUUAUUGUAGGAGGAGGUGUUACUGGUUUGAUUGUAGCCAACCGUAUCACCGAGGACAAGAGCAAGACUGUUCUUGUUGUCGAAGCUGGUGACAAUGUCGACACCGACAACACCAAGAUCCCCUACAAGGCCAACGACUUGACCUCGGCUGCCGGUCUGAUCUGGGAGAACAUCAACUCGCUCCCUGAGCCAGGUCUUGGUAACACUUCCUAUGCGGUUAUCGUUGCCAAGGUCCUUGGUGGUGGAUCGGUCAUCAACGGCAUGGUCUACGACCGUGGCUCUGCUGCCGACUACGAUGCCUGGGAGGCUCUUGGCAACAAGGGAUGGGGAUGGAAGGGAAUGGAGGAGGCCUUUAUCAAGGGCACCACUUUCCAGCCUCCCACUCCCGAUGUUGUCAAGGACUUCAACAUCACUUGGGACGAGUCAACCUACGGUAACGGACCGUUGAAGGUCUCCAUCACCUCCAACCAGUACGAGGAUAUCAAGGACUACUGGGCGGCAUGGAAGGCUUCCGGUGUCUACAUCCCCGAGGAUGGAAACGCCGGUGAGGCCUACGGUCCUUCCUGGUACGCCAACACCAUGGACGCUACCACUGGACGUCGUGCGCACGCUCGUUACGCGUACUAUGACCCCAUCCAGACUCGUGCCAACCUCCACAUCCUUACCGGUACCACUGCCGACAAGAUCAUCUUUGACAGCAAGAAGAAGACCAUGGCGACUGGUAUCGAGGUGACCGACAAGACUGGCAAGAAGGCCACCUUCUACGCCAAGAAGGAAGUUGUUUUGGCUGCCGGUGCUAUCCAGACUCCUAAGCUCCUCCAGCUCAGUGGUAUUGGUCCCAAGUCCGUCUUGAAGGCUGCCGGUAUCCCGGUCAAGGUUGAGCUCGACGCAGUAGGCUCCAACUUCCAGGACCACCCCUACGCCACCGUCGUCUUCAACACGACUUCCAACUACUUCCCCAACCAGAACUCGCUCAUGACCAACGCCACCUUCAACGCCUCUGCGUGGGAGCAGUACGUCGAGCACAAGACUGGUCCUUACACCUACGCCCGUGGUAACGCCCUGGCUUUCAUCUCCCUGCCCGACAUGACCAACGACACCGACAGCCUCAUCAGCCGUCUGAGCAGCCAAAAAGCCACCGACUACCUCCCCAGCAUCUACAAGUCCAACAAGAAGCUUGCUAGCGGAUUCGCCAAGCAGCGCGCUGUCAUCGCCGACAUCUUCUCCCGCAGAGAUGCCGCCGUCGCCGAGUUCCCUGUCCCUGCCGAUGGCAGCUACGGCCUCGUCGGAGUUGAGAAGCCGCUGUCCCGCGGUACUGUCUACAUUGACGCCAAGAACCCCAACGGUCCUCCCAACGUCAUCUACAACGCUUUCGUCAACCCCAUUGACCGUAUGAUCAUGGCGGUUGGUCUGCGAUUCUUCCGUACCGUGUGGGCCCGCCCUGAGCUCGCCAGCAAGAAGAUCUCCGAGACUGUCCCUGGUGCUCAGCACACUUCAGACGAGGAUAUUUACAACACCCUGCUUGCGCAAUCUAUGUUGAGCCCUACUCUUGCUCACCCGUCUGGCUCCUGCCCCAUGAUGCCUGAGAGGGACGGUGGCUGUGUCAGCGACAAGUUGAUGGUCUACGGUACUCAGCAUCUUUCUGUUAUUGAUGCCUCUAUCAUUCCCAUCAUUCCCUCUUGCCAUCUCCAGGCUACCAUGUACGGUAUUGGUGAGAAGGCUGCUGAGAUCAUCAAGGCCAGGUCGUAG